GAAGGGUGUCCUGUCCUUCCUGACAACGUUAAUAACACUUUGCAUACAGAUUUCCAUAUAUUCCAUUCCAUGUGGAGGGGGUCAUUUAGAUUUGUACAGUCACUUGACUCCCUCAUUUCCAAACAAUCACAACCCCAUCUUCAGUCUGGCAAGAUCUUAUCUCCGUCUCCCUUCGUAGAGGACGAGGAGAUGGCGAUAAAGUGAGUUACUGCAUAUUUGAUUUUUUUGGCCUUUUACCAUUUUCAGUCGGCAGCCAUGUGGAAAAUACCGAGGAGGUUUUCAGCCGCUGGUAGAUUGUGCUGCUUUCCCAAGGAUCCACUGGAGGAUGUUGAGACUUGGAGUGAGUCUGUGGACAAACUCCUCGGUUGUAAAGCCGGACAGAUAGCUUUCCGGGAGUUCCUGAAGUCCGAGUACAGUGAGGAGAACAUACUUUUUUGGCUCGCCUGUGAGGAGUACAAAAAAAUCAAGACCGUCCCAGAGAUGAUUUCGUCUGCCAACAGGAUCUACUCAGAGUUUGUCCAAACAGAAGCACCCCGGCAGAUCAACAUAGAUUGCGGUACCAGAGAAAAUAUAACAAAGAACAUCUCCAAGCCGACCCUGACUUCGUUCGAUACGGCACAGAAGCUCAUCUACAGCCUGAUGGCCAGGGAUUGUUACCCGCGGUUCCUAAAAUCAGAUCUUUAUCAAGGACUCCUGAGGAGAACUGAUUCAAGGUGACUGCAUUAAAACUGGCAGCCCGACAGUGAAAUCCUUUCUCCAACUUUUGAUCUGCCGUAGCUCUCUUUAAUUUCAGUGUGGAUAACAGGUUUAUGCCGCACAAAUCCAGUUUCUAAGUGUUGCAGAAAUGUCUUUCCCAACCUGUGUGAUUCAGUAGACAGUUACAACUCAAGAGAAUCUGACGCUUGUAUUAUUCUUUAUCGCUCUAAUUAUGUUAACGAUGAAAAAAAAAAAAAACCUUUUAAAACAUUGUGCCCACAAUUUUUCUCUGAUUAUGUAUUUUCUCUUCACCACCCCAUGAAGUAAAUAAUUAAAAAAAGAAAAAGAA